AUGAUGAAUCGCUCCGUUGGACGUUGUAGUCAAAUUCCUCGUGGCUUGUUUUCCAAGAAGGCUUUUUCUCCGGUCUCAAGAGGCUACAGCAGUGAGGCCAAGUUGAGCUGGUUGGAAGAAGUUAAAGCUGAGCAAGAACACGCCAAACGCUCGAGUGAGUUUUGGAAAAAGGUGACCUACUAUGUUGGUGGCCCUGCUUUGAUUUUGUCUGGCUUGAAUGCUUAUUACAUUUACAAAAAACAUCAAGAACACGCUGAGCACCAUCAUGAUCCUGAAAUCGAUGUUCCCUAUACAUUUGAAAAUCUGCGUUUCAAAAAGUACCCUUGGGGUGAUGGAAGCAAGACUCUUUUCUGGAACGACAAUGUCAACCAUUUAAAGAACGACUAA